AUGGGAUCACUAGAAGAAGCCGUAGAGCAUGUCGAUGUCUUGGUCGUGGGGGGAGGACCUGUAGGCCUCAUAACAGCAUACCAGCUCGCCGCUAGCCUCCCGUCUCCCUAUCGAAUCAAAAUCAUCGAAAAAGAACCCAAAUCCGCCCAAGACCAGUAUGGCCGCGCUAUUACCCUGUAUCCCAGAAGCACCGAGAUGCUGGACCAAUUGGGCCUUGCCGACGCUUUAGCACAGGAAUGUUUCGCGUGCAGGACAACCGCUUCAUACGAUAAGGAUGGCAAUGAAGUUGCAGGUAGAGGGUGGUAUUUCAUGGAGAACAUGAAGGACACGAAGUGGGACUUUGCCCUUGUGCUACGCCAGAAAUACCAGGAAGAGAUAUUUCGACAGGCACUAAAACGUGAGGGCGUUUCACUUGAUGCGCCAGUAUCACUCAUAGACAUACAAGUGGACGAUACCGUUGGAUGGAAUCGAUACAAGAUCACUGCGACAGUUCAAAAUGGCGUUACCGGAGCUCGAAAUGUUAUCAAAUGCAAAUAUCUGGUCGGCGCAGACGGAGGGCGCUCGUUCGUCCGGCGGGCUAUGGAUAUUCCAUUCGACGGAGCAUCGAGCGAGGACAAGUGGGUACGCAUCGACGGUGUCAUUGAAACGAACAUGCCUAAACCCAGAUCUUACGCUGCAAUCGAAUCUCCCACUCACGGAAAUGUGCUUUGGGCUGCUCUCGACCAUGGCGCAACUCGAAUUGGAUUCGCAUUCACGGCUGAACGCGAAAAGGCGUAUGCGGAAUUCAACGAAGACGCUGCCGUUAAAGAGGCAAUCGCGUCUGUCAAGCCAUUCACCCUUCUUUUCAAGCAGGUCGACUGGUGGACCAUAUACGUUGUCGGUCAGCGGAUUGCUCGGAAUAUGUUGGUCAAAGACUGCGUCUUUCUUGCCGGCGACGCAUGCCAUACACAUAGUUCAGGGGCUGCCCAGGGAAUGAAUACUGGUCUCCACGAUGCUGUCAAUUUAGGCUGGAAACUCUCUCUGGUCCUUCGCGGACUGGCAAAACCGGAACUUCUUCACACAUAUGAGACUGAGCGUCUGCCAAACGUGCACCGACUGAUCAAUUACGACAAAGACAUCUCGCGGCUCAUGACGAUGCAACUGCCCAUUGGAUGGACUGGAGACCCGAAAGCAGACCCGAACGAAGUCCUAGGGCAUGUAAUGGCGGAAGCAGCAACCUUCAGCAGUGGUCUUGGUAUUUACUAUGAAAUCGACCACCAGCUAAAUGCUAGUAGUACCUUCUCGUCAGCCUCUGGCUCCGUUCCCGUUGAGGCUGGCCACAGAGCUCCCGACGUGACUCUUCAAAAGCCGGGAACAUUGGAAUCAACGCGACUGCAAAAAGAGACUCCUAACAUCGCACAAUUCUACAUUGUCGUGUUUGCCGGAGACAUUUCGCACACCAAACCAUCCAUGACCGCUUUUUCCAAUGCCGUCGCAACUUCGAAGGUACUCUCAAACAGAUCGCUACCAAUAUCCUUCCUUACCAUUGCAACGACCUCCGGCCCUUCUGCAUACGAGCUUCUGGGCGGAGUGCCUUUCGGGAAAGUCUUUUACGAUGUGAAGAAAGUUGCUCACUCUCGUUAUGGCGUAAAUGUGAACGAAGGUGCUAUCUUCGUGCUCAGACCAGAUGGAUGGGUGGGCACUUCCAUGGAAAUAGCGCCUGAUGCAGUAGACAAGCUAAAAGGUUACUUGGGCAACUUUUUGAUCCUAGAAGCUGAUCAAUAA